CUUUGGAAAACGUCUUAAAAGUGGUUCUGUGAACCCUUAAAUCAUCUUUCCCAAAGAAAGGCGCAUACCUACUGGACAUGGAAUUGCAGGUCACUGCUGCCACAUGCAUUGAAUACGUGCUGCGAGGCAAUGUGGUACGCCGGUAUGUCAUUGUCUUUGAGGAAAAUGAGACGUUUACUUGAAGCAAAACGGUGCACGGUUGAAGUGUUGAGUAGUGCGAGCUCGUCUCGACAGUCACUGUGGAGACGCGUAAAGUUUUCAAGACCACAAUAAUGGCGUCGUGUUAAAAAAGAAAUGAGACCAGGCUUGAGUUUUACGAAACUACAUUUAAACAUUUUGGAAGAGCGUCCCGUUUCAAGCUGACCUUUCUCACGACGAAACCAAAGUUCAGUUUUUUUGACCCUGACAUCUUAAAAACCCUCAAACAUGCAGCAAUUACAUGUGAUUUUUGUCUUGAUCGUUAUCUUGGCGCUGUUAAGAGUCGACCUACAGUCGGUUCAGUAGCCAUGUAGGGACCCGCAAUAGAGAGGAAGAGGGGGAGAAGGGGAAAGAGUAGCAAGCAUUUAUUUAAACAGCCACUACCCCACAGAGACACAGAACAUCCUCGCAUCCCGAAAAUUGCUUUUUCCCACAGAAAACGUGUCCCUUUCUGUAAGGGCGCCGCAUCGUCCCCGCAACUCAGCAGCUGCACUUAUCGGGUCUGGUAGCUGGAGCCUAGCCAAAACAAGUCUGUCUGUUUAUUUGUGAGUAAAAGCUGUCUUUGUGGAGGCUGAAGAAGUGAAACUUUAGACACUCCCAAGACAAGCAGCGAAUAUGUAUAUUUGGGAGCAGACUUUUAAAAUGCCGUGUUGAUAAAUAAAUGCCUAAACGGCAUUAAGUCUUGCAAAUGGAGCUCAUUUUGACUGAAUUCUCCCAUGAGUCCUGCUGCCGCCAGCAGACAGCAGGGCUACUGAGUGAGAUAAAGUGUAAUUAGGGGAGACCUAAUGGCCGAGGGAGGGAUCCUCAUUAAGGUUGCAUGUGGACCAUGCGAAAGACCCUUGGGGACAAACCAAAUACUGUUUUAGAAACCCGUUCUAGACAGUCCAAAAGUCUUUUCACAUUUUGCCUCACAAACUUUUAAGUAUUUUAUUGGUAAUUAAUGCGAUAGACAAGCACUGAGAAGUUUCUUUGUGUCUACAAAUAAAAUCAGAAAAUUGUGGCAUCCUGUUGAAUUCAGUCGCCUUGUGCAAAUAUUUUGCAUAGCCACUGUUACAUCGAUAGAAACGCAGCCAUAAGAGGUCACAAGCCAGUGAUUCCUCGUACCAGUCCCACUUCUGGAAAAUGCAGAGGGUUGCGUCAGGAAGGGAAAUCCAACAUACAACCUAAACCUGAUCAAAUACGUGACUCACAAACAUCAAUUCUGUACGGGAUUGGUUGAGGCCGGGGUCAAUAAUGCCCUCCAGCGUCGGCAUCGUUAGCAUCUACUGCAGUGAGACUCCAUCUGAUAGGCAAAAUAUACUAUUUAUGUGAGAUUAUGACAUGUGGAAUGUAAUACUCAUAAUAUUAUGCACACUGACGAUGCAUUUGAAGCCCUGUACUUCGAUCUUUUGCACCUGUAACUAGCUUCCCCGUCGUGUUUUGCAUGGUCUCACCUGACUAGAACUUGCUUGCAGUAUCCUUCACCUGGCUUUCUUUCAAAACAAGUAACUAGUACUGAUGUGACAAUAGUGUUGUACUGCUUUGAAGAGAAUAUUUCCUGCAUAUUUGGAGCAAUCCUGCCCAUAAAAAGUUCACCGCCCUACUUAAAAAAGAACUUAUGCAAGAACAAUAUGUCUUCAUAAAACUGACAGAGGAAAUUGCUUGAAAGCAAGAUGUGCUCUUCUGUGUGUGUGUUAACUGAAGAGGACGGAAGUAACAGAUCUAAAGAAGGAGAUAAAGAGGCUUGUGUAUACACCAUGAUACCAACACAAACAGGAGAUUCGGCCUCGAUAAGGAAAUGAAGGAAAAGGGCGCAGCUCAAAUAAACCAUAACCGAUGCGCCAGUGCAUCCCUCGCCCUCGUCGCUCUCCAACCGAAAUGCUCGCUGGACACACACGGGGAGAUGAAAGUCAGAGGGCAGCUGCGGAGGCAUUUCUGAAAGAGCAGCAGGGAAAGGCAUUCCGUGAAUGUUCUCAUCAGAGUUGGAAUCAGGACUUAAACACAGCCCAUCAAGGCUCACAAGAAUUCUCUGAGGUUGCAGAGCUCUGCUGCAAAAGAACAACAGCGGACGUUUAGGUCAGACGCUUCGCAUCUGAGGGAACAAACGUGACACCCAAGGCAAUUACAGGUUACGGUGGAGAGAGGAUCGGCCAGAGGUGGCUCAGAAAUUGGGACUCUGGGUGUGGGAGCUCUGCGCUCCUGUGGUGGACAAGUGAGGCAGAGCAUCCACAGAUGUUCAGAUGGAGAUUUAGUGUCUGUGAGGUGGAGGCUGACUGCGCAGUGAGAAGAGACAGUACAGGAAAAGCAAGGAGUUCUUUUUCUGUGAGGAAUGAAGGGCACGGAAGACAAGGUCUGGUAGAUCCUCAACGAGACUUUCGUUCAUUUUCAGGAUGAAGAAGAGGUAUGCCUUUUGGAGUCAGCUGAGGAAAAAGUAACUUCUUUGAGUUUUUCAUAACACGUUCGUUUCUUAGAGAUACCAAUGAAGGAAUCGGAUCAAAUCAAAGACCUGACCUGGGAUUUUGACCAAUCCUGGGACUCGAUCAUUAAACCGGCCGCGUGCCUUUGCCUCAACACCUUGGAUUUCUCUGACCUCUUCGAUGAAGACGACAGUGAAGAGGACGAGCGGCUCCUUACAUCACCACCAAGUCAACACCUGUCCGUGGCACCUCCCCCGCCACCUCUUCCACCACCUCUUCCUCCGCCUCCCGCUUUACCUUCACCAUCUAAAGGUGCAGGGAUUAAGAGCCACACCCUGAAGCUUCACUGGAGGGAGCUCCAGAACCUGACCCCGCUUCCCAGGAUGACGCGGUUUGGGAAGCAGACUAUAUGGGCCGGGCUGGAGCCAGUGCAGUUGGACACGAACCGUCUGGAGUAUUUGUUUGAGUCUAAGGCCACCAGCACCAGUUUUAUGGUGGUUUCUGGGCGGCAGAAGCAGUCGUCUAUUUCAGUGCUGGGCAUGAAGCGCAGUAACAUCAUAACCAUCGCCCUGAGCAGCCUGCCUCCGCCUCGCCUCCUUCCUCCUGCUAUCUACAGCAUGGACAGCAGCGUGCUGGACAGAGAGGACCUUCAGCGACUGGAAGCUCUGAUCCCAACAGAGGAAGAGCUUUGCCUGAUCAACGAAGCCAAGGCCCAGAACCCCCACGGUUCCCUGGCCCAGGCUGAACUGUGCCUGCUCACUCUGGGGGAAAUACCUCACCUGAGUACGAGACUUCAGCUCUGGACCUUCGCUCUGGACUACGACUCCUUAGAGAAGGAAAUCGCUGAGCCUCUGUUCCACCUCAAGCUGGCCAUGGAGCAGCUGGCCGCCAGCCAGACCUUCAGGUGCAUCCUAGCGACCGUGUUAGCCAUCGGUAACUUUCUCAACAGCUGUAAGGCCCGUGGCUUUGAGCUGAGCUACCUUGGAAAGCUGUCCCAGGUGCGGGACACGCACACGCGCCAGCCUCUGCUGCACCACGUCUGCGUGCUCCUGCUGCAGCUCUACCCACAAUCCUCUGACCUCUACUCUGACAUCACCGCUGUCACUAAAGCCGGCAAGUGUGACUACUCUCUAGUCCAGUCCAACUUUGCGCAGCUGGAGGCCAUGUGCAAAGCAUCAUGGGAGCAGUUGAAGGUUCUGGAAAAGGCUGAGGAAAAGAGGAAAGGAGGAAAAGGGGAUAAGCGGAAAGGUAAAGACGUGGAGAUGUUCGCUCCAGAGGGUUCGCUUCGUCACAAACUGCCCAAGAUCCUGAAAGAGUGCGAGGAGCGGCUGAAGGUCCUGAGAGCCGUCCACCGUCGGGUUGUCAACAGGUUCCACUCGUUCCUCAUGUUCCUGGGUUACUCCCGAGCCAUGGUGCGAGACACCAGAGCGGAGGACUUCUGCAGGACCAUCAGCAACUUCUCGCUGGAGUACCGGUCCACGAGGCAGGCCGUCCUCCUGCAGAGGGAGCGGGAGAGGGAGCGGCAGAAGAUCGGAGGUGAAAGCCCGGGGCCCAGUACGCCUGUGGGUAGGAGGAAAGGUCAUCUAACUCCAGCGUUACAGGAAAGCGACGAGCAAAGCCGCCUGGAGGAAGUGCUGAGAACGCCGGAGUCCGUUCCGAAGAGGGAUGGAACUUUACCACGAAGCCGCCGACGGAUGGCUGACAUCAAAGAUUCGUUUUCAAGAAAACUGAAGGCAUGACCUUGCCGACGUUCCCUUUUAGUCACUGGAGAAAGUUAUUUAUGAUGUUGCCAUUACACUGAACUGUUGAUCUCUUAUGUUCCCAUAUUUUACCGCGUUUCAAGGCAGAGCUUUUGUGGAAUACAAGGGAAGCUUUGCGUUGAGGAUCAAUUUUGUCAUUUGCAUGAGACAAACCAUUGCUCUUGUUGUUUUUAUAAAUAGCUAAAUUAAAGUUCGAUUGGGGAAAAAAAAGUAUCCUUAUGAAGAAAAGCUGAUGCUAAUAGCUUAGAUUUCAAUCCGUUUUCGACUAUCAAGCUAAAGCAACAGCUAAAGCCAGAUGUUUACAUAGACAUAUUUUUUUCUCACUGUUUGGUACUUAAUGCAAUAAAGUUUUUCUGUUUUCACUCAAAAAUAUCACCACCAUUGUGUGACAGCAAGAAAUGUGCAUUUGUGUAAUAUUUUAUUUUGCAUUUAGCGGUCAUAAAUUGCUGUUGUUUGUAGUAAACUGAUUUUUUUUUUUUUCAAAUAUGCAUAUUAAUGUAUGUGUGUUUAGAGAAAAUAAAUAAAAUGAAGGAACAAAGGAA